GUGGGGGCUCCUCUUAAAGGGGCCGCGCACCCUUGCCGCUGCCGAGAAGAGUUUGGGGGCCUCAGAACGAGUCGUCAUGGCCUUCUGCACACAGCUGAUGCUCCUCCUGUGGAAAAAUUACACGUAUCGAAGGAGACAACCGAUCCAGCUACUGGUGGAGCUACUGUGGCCUCUCUUCCUCUUCUUCAUCCUGGUGGCCGUCCGCCACUCCCACCCCCCACUGGAGCACCACGAAUGCCACUUUCCAAACAAGCCGCUACCAUCUGCGGGCACCCUGCCCUGGCUGCAGGGCCUUAUCUGCAACGUGAACAACUCCUGUUUCCAGCAGCCAACGCCUGGCGAGAAGCCGGGGGUCCUGAGCAACUUUAAGGAUUCCCUGGUCUCAAGGCUCCUUACCGAUGCUCAUGCAGUGCUGGGGGGCCGCAGCAUUCGGGAGAUGCUGGCUGCCCUGGGGAAACUGAUGCCCCUGCUCAGAGCCAUGGGAGGUGGAGCCUGGCCACCAGAGAGUAACCUACCAAACAAGCAAGCAUUAGUGAACGCUGAGCUCAAAAAGAUCCUGCAAGGGGCGUCCCUGGGACCUGUGCUGGGUGAAACCCGGGAUUCCAUGAGGGAGUUCUUGAAUGCCACCGGGGAGCUUAUGCAGGAGCUCCUGGUGCUGCCCAGCCUGCUGGAACUCCGAGCUUUGCUGCAGAGGCCCCGAGGGUCAGCUGGUUCGCUGGAGCUGGUUUCAGAGGUCUUCUGCAGUACCAAGGGGCCCAGCAGCCCAGGGGGCCUCUCCCUCAAUUGGUAUGACGCCAGCCAGCUCAACGAGUUCAUGGGUCCAGAGCUGGCCUCUGCCCAGCCUGACAUCAGCCUCAGCCCUGCCUGCUCCAAGUUCGUGGGGACUCUGGAUGACCAUCCUGUGUCGCGGCUGCUCUGGAGGCGCCUGAAGCCAUUGAUCCUCGGGAAAAUCCUCUUUGCCCCUGACACAAACUUUACCCGUAAGCUUAUGACCCAGGUGAACCAGACCUUCGAGGAGCUGGCUCUGUUGAGGGACCUACAAGAGGUCUGGGAGGUGUUAGGACCCCAGAUCUUCAACUUCAUGAAUGACAGUUCAAACAUGGCCAUGCUUCAGAGGCUGCUGGAAGUGGUGUACUCAGGACCAGGGCAGGAGCAGCAGACACCCAGAGGCCAGAAGCAGUUGGCGACUGUCAGAGAUUUUCUGGACCCUAGGAGGGGUGGCUACAGCUGGCGGGAAGCCCACACGGACAUAGGGCACCUGGCAGGAAUACUGGGCCAAAUCAUAGAGUGUGUGUCCCUAGACAAGCUGGAGGCUGUGCCCUCAGAAACAGCUCUUGUGUCCCGUGCCCUGGAGCUGCUGGGUGAGCGCCGCCUCUGGGCAGGCAUCGUCUUCCUGAGUCCUAAGGACCCCCUGGGCCCAUCUGAGCUGUCACCUCCAGCCUUGGGUCCUGGCCACCUGCGAUUCAAGAUCAGAAUGGAUAUCGACGAUGUCACAAGGACCAAUAAGAUCAGGGACAAGUUUUGGGACCCCGGGCCAUCGGCAGACCCUCUCAUGGACCUUCGAUAUGUGUGGGGUGGCUUCGUGUACCUGCAGGACAUGCUGGAGCAGGCAGCCGUGCGUGUUCUGAGUGGAGGGAACUCGCGCACAGGCCUCUAUCUGCAGCAGAUGCCUCACCCCUGCUAUGUGGAUGACGUGUUCCUGCGCGUGCUGAGCCGGUCUCUGCCGUUGUUUCUGACUCUGGCCUGGAUCUAUUCGGUGGCGCUCACCGUGAAGGCAGUGGUACGUGAGAAAGAGACACGGCUGCGAGAAACCAUGCGCGCCAUGGGGCUGAGCCGCGCGGUGCUCUGGCUUGGCUGGUUCCUCAGCUGCCUGGGACCCUUCCUGGUCAGCGCCGCGUUGCUGGUGUUGGUGCUCAAGCUAGGGGACAUCCUUCCUUACAGCCACCCGGUUGUCGUCUUCUUCUUCUUGGCGGCCUUCGCGGUGGCCACCGUGGCUCAGAGUUUUCUGCUCAGCGCCUUCUUCUCCAGGGCCAACCUGGCAGCUGCCUGUGGGGGCCUCGCCUACUUCUCCCUCUACCUGCCCUACGUGUUGUGUGUCGCCUGGCGCGAGCGCCUGCCCCUGGGCGGCCUUGUAGCUGCGAGCCUGCUGUCUCCCGUGGCCUUCGGCUUUGGAUGUGAAAGCCUAGCGCUGCUGGAGGAGCAGGGGGAUGGGGCUCAGUGGCACAAUUUGAGCAGGAGCCCCGCGGAGGAUGUCUUCAGUCUGGCGCAGGUGUCCGCCUUCCUGUUGCUGGACGCCGCCAUCUACGGCCUCGUCCUCUGGUACCUGGAGGCCGUGUACCCAGGCCAGUAUGGGAUACCUGAACCAUGGAAUUUCCCCUUUCGGAGGAGCUACUGGUGUGGGCCUGGACCUCCCCAGGGUUCUGUCUUGGCCCCAGACCCACAAGAUGCCAAAGCUCUGGCGGAAGAGCCACCGCCUGGCCUCACUCCUGGAGUCUCCAUCCGUGGCCUGAAGAAGCACUUUCACGGCUGUCCACAGCCAGCCCUACGGGGACUUAGCCUUGAUUUCUACCAAGGCCACAUCACUGCCUUUUUGGGUCACAACGGAGCUGGCAAGACAACUACACUGUCCAUCUUGAGCGGUCUUUUCCCACCCAGUGGUGGCACAGCUUCCAUACUGGGCUAUGAUGUGCAGACCAACAUGGCAGCCAUCCGACCCCACCUGGGCAUCUGUCCACAGUACAACGUGCUGUUCGACUUGCUGACCGUGGAAGAGCACGUGUGGUUCUACGGCCGACUGAGAGGUGUGCGUGCGGCUGCCCUGGGGCCCGAGCAGGAGCGUCUGAUACAGGACGUGGGGCUUACCCCCAAGCGGGACACGCAGACACGGCACCUCUCCGGUGGAAUGCAGCGAAAACUGUCUGUGGCCAUUGCCUUUGUGGGUGGCUCUCGUGUAGUUAUCCUGGAUGAGCCAACUGCUGGCGUGGACCCCACUUCCCGGCGUGGCAUUUGGGAAUUGCUGCUUAAGUACAGAGAAGAUCGCACGCUCAUCCUCUCCACCCACCACCUGGAUGAGGCGGAGCUCCUGGGAGAUCGCGUGGCCAUGGUGGCAAACGGCUCUUUGUGCUGUUGUGGCUCCCCGCUUUUCUUGCGCCGACACUUGGGCUGCGGUUACUACCUGACCCUGGUGAAGAGUGCCCAGUCCCUCCACACCCAGGACUCGAAGGGAGACAGCAGUGACCCCAGCCAGGAGCAGAAGCCAGACAACAAGGACAACAUGGCAGGGACGACCCUCACCCAGGCCCCAGCUCCUGAUGCAGACCCCCUCACCCCAAGUACACCCCAGAUACUAGACCUAGUGCAGCGUCAUGUUCCUGGAGCUCGGCUGGUGGAGGAACUGCCCCACGAGUUGGUGCUGGCACUGCCCUAUGCGGGGGCCCUGGAUGGCAGCUUUGCCAUGGUCUUCCAAGAACUGGAUCGGCAGCUGGCAUCUCUGGGGCUCGCAGGCUACGGGGUCUCAGACACCAGCCUGGAGGAGAUCUUCCUAAAGGUGGUGGAGGAUGCACACAGAGAAGGAGGCGAGACCCCGUCCCCAGCCCUGAACCUCUUUGGCUCCACAGGUAAUGACCUCAGACAGCACCUGCACCCUCGCUCGGCCACUCUGCAGCCCCACACAGGGCCAGAGGCUUCCACCCUGGAAAACGGGGAGCUGGCCAGGUUGAUGUUGGAGCCCCAGGCCCCACAGGGCUCCACGGCCAGCGCUGCCCCGGUGCUGGGCUGGGCACUGACCUGCCAACAGCUCCGGGCUCUGCUCCACAAGCGUCUUCUGCUGGCCCGCCGCAGCCACCGGGGCCUGUUUGCACAGAUUGUGCUGCCUGCUCUCUUUGUGGGCCUGGCCCUGCUCUUCAGCCUCAUUGUCCCUCCGUUUGGCCAGUACCCGCCCCUGCAGCUCAGUCCCGCCAUGUACGGCCCCCAGGUCUCCUUCUUCAGUGAGGACACCCCUGGGGACCCCAACCGGGUGAAGCUGCUGGAGGCCCUGCUGGGGGAGGCCGGGCUGCAGGACCCCAGUGUGCAGGGCGGAGCUGCCAGGGGAUUCGAGUGCACACACUCCAUGGCCUGCUACUUCUCCGUCCCUGAGGUCCCUGCGGAUGUGGCCAGCAUCCUGGCCAGUGGCAACUGGACUCCAGAGUCUCCAUCCCCAGCCUGCCAAUGCAGCCAACCUGGAGUACGCCGCCUGCUGCCGGACUGCCCAGUGGGAGCUGGGGGGCCGCCGCCACCACAGGCCAUGGCUGGCUUGGGGGAGGUGGUCCAGAACCUCACUGGCCGAAAUGUGUCUGACUUCCUGGUGAAGACUUACCCCAGCCUGGUGCGCCGGGGCCUGAAGACUAAGAAGUGGGUGGAUGAGGUCAGAUACGGGGGCUUCUCCCUGGCAGGCCGAGAUCCAGACCUGCCCUCAGGGCGUGAAGUGGCCUACACAGUGGCAGAGAUGCGGGCGCUGCUGACCCCCGAACCCGGCAGUGCCCUAGACCGUAUCCUGAACAACCUCACUCAGUGGGCCCUCGGUCUGGAUGCCCAGAGCAGCCUCAAGAUCUGGUUCAACAACAAGGGCUGGCAUGCCAUGGUGGCCUUCGUGAAUCGAGCCAACAAUGGACUCCUACAUGCCCUCCUACCAUCUGCCAUGGCCCGCCGUGCCCACAGCAUCACUACGAUCAACCAUCCUCUGAACCUGACCAAGGAGCAGCUGUCUGAGGCCGCACUGAUGGCUUCCUCAGUGGACAUCCUUGUCUCUAUAUGCGUGGUCUUCGCCAUGUCCUUCGUCCCAGCCAGCUUUACCCUGGUCCUUAUUGAAGAACGUGUCACCAGAGCCAAACACCUGCAGCUCGUCAGCGGCCUGCCCCAAACCCUCUACUGGCUUGGCAAUUUCCUCUGGGACAUGUGUAACUACUUGGUGGCAGUGUGCAUAGUGGUGCUCAUCUUCCUGGCCUUUCAGCAGAGGGCCUAUGUGUCCCCACAGAACCUGCCUGCUCUCCUGCUCCUACUACUGCUGUAUGGCUGGUCUAUCACGCCUCUCAUGUACCCAGCCUCCUUCUUCUUCUCAGUGCCCAGUACAGCCUAUGUGGUGCUCACCUGCAUCAACCUCUUCAUUGGCAUCAACAGCAGCAUGGCCACCUUUGUGCUAGAACUGCUUUCAGAUCAGAACCUGCAAGAAGUGAGCCGGAUUCUGAAGCAAGUGUUUCUUAUCUUCCCUCACUUCUGCCUGGGCCGAGGGCUUAUUGAUAUGGUGCGGAACCAGGCUAUGGCGGACGCCUUUGAACGCUUGGGAGACAAGCAAUUCCAGUCACCCCUAUGCUGGGACAUCAUCGGCAAGAACCUUCUGGCCAUGGUGGCCCAGGGGCCCCUGUUCCUCCUCGUCACACUCCUGCUCCAGAACCGCAGCCACCUCCUGCCACAACCCAAACCGAGACUGCUGCCACCCCUGGGGGAGGAGGAUGAGGAUGUGGCUCGAGAGAGGGAGCGAGUGACCAAGGGGGCCACCAAGGGGGACCUGCUGGUCCUCCGGGACCUGACCAAGGUGUACCGUGGGCAGAAGAACCCGGCUGUGGAUCGCCUGUGCCUGGGGAUCCCCCCUGGAGAGUGUUUUGGGCUGCUGGGUGUCAACGGGGCAGGGAAGACAUCUACCUUCCGCAUGGUGACAGGGGACACGCUACCCAGCAGUGGCGAAGCAGUGCUUGCAGGCUACAACGUGGCCCAGGAUCCAGCUGCCGCACACCGCAGCAUGGGCUACUGUCCCCAGUCUGAUGCCAUCUUCGACCUGUUGACUGGCCGGGAACACCUGGAGCUAUUUGCGCGCCUGCGCGGGGUACCCAAGGCCCAGGUUGCCCAGACAGCGCUCUCGGGCCUGGUACGCCUGGGCCUUCCUAGCUAUGCAGACAGACCUGCGGGUACCUACAGCGGAGGUAACAAGCGGAAGCUGGCGGCAGCCCUGGCUCUGGUUGGGGACCCGGCCGUGGUCUUUCUGGACGAGCCCACCACAGGCAUGGACCCAAGUGCGCGGCGAUUUCUUUGGAACAGUUUGCUGUUGGUGGUGCGCGAGGGCCGCUCCGUGGUACUCACGUCGCACAGCAUGGAAGAGUGCGAAGCGCUCUGCACGCGCCUGGCCAUCAUGGUGAACGGCCGGUUCCGCUGUCUGGGAAGCGCUCAACAUCUCAAAGGCAGGUUCGGGGCCGGUCACACACUGACCCUCCGGGUCCCACCGGAUCAGGCCGAGCCAGCGAUAGCCUUCCUCGUGGCCACAUUCCCGGGUGCUCAGCUUCGGGAGGCGCAUGGCAGCCGUCUGCGAUUCCAGCUGCCACCUGGGGGCGGGUGCGCCCUGGCACGGGUUUUCCGCGAGCUGGCCGCGCAGGGCAAGGACCACGGUGUGGAGGACUUCUCAGUUAGCCAGACCACUCUGGAGGAGGUGUUCCUGCAUUUCUCCAAAGACCAAGGGGAAGAAGAGGAGGACAGUCAGCAGGAGCCUGGAGCCGAGAAGGUUUCCACACAGGGCCUGAAGCACCCCAAACAUAUCAAGCAAUUCUUGGAGGACCCUAGCUCUGUGGAGACCAUGCUCUGAGCAUGUCUGCCUUGGGUUGAGUGGUCCUUGAGCCACACACUGGCUCCCUGGGGGAAAUAAAGAGAACCAAGAA